GCGUCUGUCUCCUGGGCUCCUGCGGUUGCCUUGACUACGGAGGGCGCGGUGGAACGGCGGAAGCUGCGAGUGUGUAGGAGCCGAGGAGCCGGGAGCAUGAGGACCUGGUGUCUGUGUCAGAUUUGUACUUGCGGGCGACAUCAUUGUCCACGUGGAACCACAAGGAUUUAUGAAAAUUCUGGCGCGUCUUGUGCCACAACUGAAUAUUUGGAAAAAUAUCCUACAUAUGGCAGUGUUCUUCCACCUCAGAGUCUGAAGCCCAAGGAAGAAUUUCCAGCAUAUCGUGACAAGAUGGAAGGAAUAACAACAUUUAAGUCGGAUUAUCGUCCUUAUGAAAUAGACAAACAGCCUCGCCAUGCACCAGAAGAAUAUAAACCAAAACAGGGGGUGAUUGAUCUUGGCACCACCUACAAACGGGAUUUUAAUUCUUACGAAGUGCAUCCUGUGGUGAUAGUUCGGCCUCUGGAGAGACAACAAGUUAAAAAAGGAAAGCUGGACACUGUCCCAACCUAUAAAGAUGAUUAUAGAGCUUGGGACAUUCAGAAAAGUGAACUCUACAAGCCACAACCAACUUACUAUCCCCCUACUGUGAGAUUUGGAAAUUCAACAACAUUUCAGGAUGACUAUGUCCCUCGGGAGAUAAAGCCCAGACAAAGCUGUAAACCCAGCCCCGCGGUCGAACGCUCUACCAUCCCCUUUAGCGGUAACACAAGUCAUCGCCUUGAUUACGUGCCUCAUCGACCCGAAUUCAAGUUGGCCAGGCCAAAAGACAGCUACAAGCCACCCGACCAGCCCUUGGAGGACCUCACAACUCACCGAUGUGACUUUCAGGGUCUCGUCGGUGAAAUGGCAAAGAUCUGCCGACCUGCACACAGCAGAGCGGCCCAGGACGCUCCAUUGGAAGGAAGCACCGAGUUCCGGGACAGUUUUCAAGAGUGGGCACUCCCAGCACCGCAAGUACAGAAAGCGCCGGAGUACGUCCCUCCCGCAGGCACCAUGCAGCUGGAGAGCACCACCCACCUCGACUAUGUCCCGCAUCAGGCCACGCGUGUGCUUCCUAUCAGGCCUGCUUCUCGUAGGAGAAAUCAUAACUUUCCUUUCCAAGGAAAGAGCACCACGAAGCAAGAUUUCCCAGCAUGGGAAAGCUGCCGUCAGGGACUCAUUAAGCAGGAGCCGCAGAUCCCCAGCCCAUCCGGAAAAUUCGAUGGCCUGAGCACUUUCAGGUCUCACUACGUGCCCCAUGAACUAAUUCCCACCAAGAGCUGCAAACCUGCGGACGCUCCCUUGAAGAGGUCGCUUCCGUUUGAUGACGUCACCACGUACUCUCUGGAGUAUAUGCCCAAGAAACUGGAGACCUGCCCGGCUAGCUACCCUUCCCCUCCUGGCUACCUGUUUGAAACUACAAAUUCCCGAGGUCAUAAAUUCUUCCGCAAGAUCGCUCCCGCGGUGAAGGCCUUCUAA